AUGGCAACAAACAUGAUGAACAACGUUCUUGUGUCUUGUCUGAUGUUUUUUCUAAUGAUUGGUUCCUUAAACGCAAAAUCUGCUGACAUAAAAGCAAUAUGCGGUAAAGCAAAAAACCCAACCUUCUGUAAAAGCUACAUGAUGAAAUCAGAACCAAAGACUUCAGGUGCUGAUAUCAAAACGCUUGCAACAAUCACUUUCGGCUCGGCGCAAACAAGUGCAUCAGGAGCUUUGACGAAGAUUCAAUCUCUAGCCACGAAAGAAACUAACCCCGCUUUGAAGAAAGCAUACACCUCGUGCGUGGAGCAGUACAAGAAUACAAUCAGCAGUCUCGAUGAAGCUAAGAAGAGCUUAGAGUCAGGAGAUGGUCCAGGGCUGAACAUCAAGGUUUCAGCAGCUAUGGAAGGAUCUACAACAUGUCAAGAUGGGUUCGUAAAUGUCAAAGCUGAUCCGUCUGUUACGACGGAAAUUGAUGAUUUUCAGAAUAUUUGUAGCAUUGUUCUUGUCAUCUCCAACAUGAUGUGA